UGCGCUCUCACCUGCAUCGCCAACGCCGACUCAGGGGGAUGCUCUGCCACGGAUAACGUAUGUCUAUGCGAGAGCAAGGAGUUCAUUGGCGAUGUCGAGAGUUGUAUCGAUAACACAUGCCAAGGGCAGGAUAAGGAAGAGGCGAAGCAGUUUGUACAGGACACAUGUGCGAGUGUUGGGGUUCCGUAUCCUGGCGGCGGAGAAGCAUAA